AUGUCUAGUAUUAAUUAUACUACCCGUACCGAAGGACAAACUAAAAUAAACACUAUAACAUGGACAGUGCCAAAUUUUAUCAUCCUGCUGGAAAACAAGACUAACAGAGAGUUUCGCACCGAGAAAUCUAAGGAUCCCAAUGGUGAUUUGUCUGAAUCAAGAUUCCAACUAAAAAUGCAAUUCUUAGGUAGAGAUAAUGACAUCAUAGAGAUUUACUACCUGUCUCCAACUCCUGUAUUCUUGAAAUCUAUCUUGACGAUAUGCCUCAAACGUUUCGAAGAGCGUUCAAUAGUAAUUAAAGAGUAUCAUACCGUUCAGGCAAAUAAAUGGCAGUACUUAGCAACCUUAUUCAAACGAGAUAUAGCAAGUUAUGAUGGCAGAGACAUAUUCCUACUUAGUGAUGGUAGUUUGAGACUUAAAUUUCAGUUUAUGGUUACUAAUGAUAUUAAAGUGGACAGGUCUAAUGUCCCUGAAGCACAACUGAGUAAUGACUUUGAAAAUUUACUAAACAAUGGUUUAUUUUCUGAUGUCACUAUGAAAUCUGCAGAAGAUGUUGAAUAUAAGGUGCAUAAGGCUGUUUUAGCAAGUCGAAGCGCUGUACUUAAGGCACAUUUUGAACAUAACACAACUGAAUGCUAUACCAAUGUUGUUGAAUCUCCAUUAGAGUCUGAAGUGUUGAGAGAAGUCCUGACAUUCAUAUACAGUGACAAAGCUCCAAGAGUGGAUGAAAUACCGGAGAAGUUGUUGGCUGCUGCAGACUAUUACCAACUUAGCAGGCUGAAGAAUCUCUGCGAGGAAGCAUUACAUAAGAAACUUACAGUUGAAAAUGCAAUUGAGACCUUACAACUGGCUGAUCUCCACUCUGCUAAUGCUUUGAAGCAAUUAACCUUAGAGUUCAUAAAGGAUGGUCAGGCAAAAUUAAUAACUAAGACUGAUGGUUGGAAUAAAGUGAAGUCUGUUGAGCUGAUCAAAAGGAUUUAUGAAUACAUUAUGACUGAUGAUAUUGAUGCAGAUAUCAAAUAG